AUGACACACGCUAGGACACUGGAAAAUCGAAUUGGAGAACGAAUUGGCAAGAGAAAACCUAAACAUCACACCACACGAAUCGCAUGCUGGAACAUAACGUCGUGGAAUGGCAGAGAUCAAGAGAUCAUAAUAGAAAUGAAGAAGCAUAACAUUGACAUUUGCGGGAUCUCUGAGACAAAGAAAAAGGGGCAGGGAACAUCAAAAUACGGAGAAUUCAUACUUAUAUACAGUGGGAAAGCAAAAUCAGAAAGAGCGCACUCUGGUGUUGGAAUUUUGCUACACGAUAAAUAUACGCAGAGCAUCGAAGACAUCGAAUACAUCAACGACAGAGUAUUAAAAAUCUCCCUAAAAAUGAACAAUACCACGACACACUUGAUAAGCACGUACGCACCAGACAUAUCUAAGCCCAGAGCAGAAACUGAAAACUUCUAUCAGCAACUACAAAACGUCAUGGACAACAUUAAUCCUAAACACGAGAUUAUCAUACUCGCAGAUCUUAAUGCACGGAUCGGGAACGAUGCCAUACCAGGUAUAAAGCAAAAGUACAACGAAGCCAUAGUUAAUGAAAACGGCGAAGCCCUAAUAGACUUCUGCGCUAGGAAUGAAAUGAGGAUAAACAACACGUACUUCCCACAUAAAGACCAACAAUAA